AUGUUUAAAAAGUUAUUUAGUAAUACAAAAGAGGAAGAGAUUGCAAAACUGAAACUAGAGAUGGCUACGCUAAACGAAGAGAUAGUUAAAAUGAACGAAGAGAAGAAUGGUCAUUUAAAGAUGAUACAGGAUCAUAUGAAUAAACCACCAUUUUGGCAGGUUUCCAAAGAGGAGUUGGCAAAGAUGACCACCGAUGAACUAACGAAUCUCAGCUCCGUACUCACAAAGAAGUCUUCAGAGAUAACAAAGAUCAUCAGUGAACGAAAUCUCUGUAUAGUCUGUCAAGAACGUUCGAGAAACACUCUCUUUUCACCGUGUUUACAUUACAACUGUUGCAACACGUGCGCAAAUACACUCAUCAAAUGUCCGACAUGCAGAAAUUUAAGAUUUAUGGAAAAGGAAUAA